UGAAGCAAUCCGGCUAGAGGCCAUAUUGGAAUCUAUGCAGUCGGCUUGCACUUUGUUGGGACUCGGUUUCUGUCGUUUUGGGACUCUCCUAAUCGCUUUCCCGACUUUAUAACCGUGUGAUUUUUCCAGACAUUCCGCUCGAGACGCUGCCAAGUCCGGACGGCAACUUGUCUUGCCUCUUCUGUUGAAGAAAAUGAGUCCAACCGAUGCUAAACGGGGGGCUAAACGCAGGAAGAACAAGCGGGGCGGUGGCAGUAGCUGCAGUGCUGUCUGCAACAGCAGCAGUGGCAAGGCCGGGGCUCCACCGGCCCUAGGCUGUGCGGGAACAGCAACACCUGCCUCAGUCGUCAGCUUCCUCACAUCUGGGAGUACAGGCAACGGGAAUAUCGGGUCCAGCGCGGGCAUGAACGGAGAGGUCAAAAUGAACAGCAGCGUUACUCCUCAGUUUGCAGAAGGACCGGUGAACGCAGAGUUCUCCGGAGUUCUUCAGACGCCGUUCACAUUCGGCCUUAACCAGCGGGCGCCGUAUACGGCUGGAGAUCGCUGCCUCCUGUGCCGAUGUGAGCGUAAAGACAGCGUUGUGCCUUCGGAGGCCGGCAUUGCUGGUCAGAACGGCAUGGCGCAGCCAACCAACGCCUCCAGUGCCCUCCAGCUCCCUCUGUGGGUCUGCUCCGACUGCAGACGCACGGUGGAGAAGGAAGACAGACGUACGACUCUGGAGCAGUCGUUAGGGAGUCAGGACUUUCUGCUGCACAUGCCUGUGAGUAAUGGAACCCUGGCUCAGACUGCAGCUACAGCAGACAGGCUCAGUACUGCUGCGCCUACACUACCCAUGCUCCCUGCGCCGGACCUCGCUGCUCCAAUGCCUCCUGACACCGUGUGCAGCUGUGAAACCUGCAACGAGAGACGGGAGAUCUCUGCUGAGUCGGAGCGGGAGUCGCAGCAGCUGCAGAACCACUGGUCGGAGGUUCGCUACCUGGUGCGCUGCAUCUACCGGCAGACGGGAACCCCACUAGCAGACGACCAGGACCAGCCCCUGGAGAGGGAUAAGGAAGGCAUGAAGGAGCUGGUGGACAGGCUCUGUGUGAAAGAUCCAUAUCAGCUCUACCAGCGGUUGGAGCAGCAGGCCCGAGAAUACGUCUUAGAAAUGAAGGUGCGUCUUCUGAAGCACCUCUCUGGAGGCUCCAAGCCUGCAGGGCCUCCAGGGGGCGCUGUGGCCGCAGCUCAGGGUCCUCCUCAGGCCCACCAGUUCGUCUCUCUGCUGCUGGAGGAGUACAACGCCCUGUGUCAGGCUGCACGCACCAUCAGCAGCUUCCUCCUCACUCUGGAGAAUGAGCACCUGCAGAAGUUUCAGGUGACGUGGGAGCUGCACAACAAGCACCUUUUUGAGAACCUGGUUUUCUCUGAACCGAUCCUGCAAAACAGUUUACCAGCACUUAUUGCACAGCUGAAACAUGGUACAGCCUCUCAUGAUUCGUAUAAUGAAGACACGUAUCGGACGCUGCUGGAAAGAUACCAGGAGCUGCAGCAGGAGUUGGCUUCUGUGGCUGCUGAGUGGCAGGAGUGUGAGAAGAGAAUUGAUGAUUAUGUCGAUGAGCAGUUACUUUUUAAGGUGGAAGGCCAGAGUCUGACCAACCAAAAAACAGAGCCACACAAGUCCUUGAUUAGCAAAAAUACUUUAAAGACAAAGCAGCGAAUGCUAAAGGAGGACUGGGAGUUCUUCAAGCAGAGGAGGUUCAUUGAAGAACAGCAACCCAACAUUAAAAAGCCCUCCACUGGAGAAAACAACUUCACAGACACUAUGAGGAUGCUCUCAUCUCGUCUUAGUAUUCCAGAUUGUCCAAACUGUAACUAUAGAAGACGGUGCACAUGUGAUGACUGCAGCCUCUCCCACAUCCUAACGUGUGGAAUCAUGGACUCAUCUAUCGCCGAGGACCUCCACAUCAAGCUGCCCCUACAGGGGGAGCCACAUCGGGACUACCUGUCAGAGGUGCACCCCCCCAGCCUAUCUUCGGGCAGUUCAGCCUCUGGCUCAAACUCCAGCUCUCCCAUUACAGUUCAGCAGCAUCCGAGGCUCAUCUUACCUGAAGGAGAUGUCAGCACCUUUAUUAGUGAUGAUGAUGAAGUGCCUCCAGUGUCCAGUAAGUUCAGGAACAUCUACCCCAUGAACAGUUAUGAGGACAGCAGUGUGGUGUCGGCCGCUGUCAACGGACUUCACCGUAACAUCAACGGGGAUGCCGUCAACGCAGCACUGAAGCCAGGGUCUCCUCAGAUUACCAGCAGCAGCAGCUCAUCAGAGGGUGAUGAGGAGGAAGCUAAUAUUCAGGCUGGUGGGGAGCCCCCGGGGAAGCAGGAAGUACUUUCCCUGGGAAAAACGGCCAGUCCGCCACCCUCUUACAGCCAUCAGCAGGUAGAACAGGUCCAGCAUGCCUGCGAGUGCCACGUGUGCAACCAGGACCCAAACCCCUCGACCCCGGGCCCCGCUGCCUGCCUGCCCCCCAGCCGGAUCCACGCCGUGCCUCCUCCCACUGUCGGACACCAGUUCUUUCCAGACACCAAGGCGCCCCCUGCUCACCCUGCCCUCCACUUGUACCCGCAUAUCCACGGGCACCUGCCCCUGCAGAACUUUUCCCGGCCCCUUCUCCACCCGACACUCUACCCACCCAGCCCACCUCUCACACACAACAAGCCUCUGCCCCCAAACCCAACAUCCAACCAUUCAGCAGCCAAGCAGCCAGCAUUCAGCACAUCCUUACCGGACCAUGUAUACCAGAACUGCUUUGGUGGGACGGGCGGAGCGGGCGAUUGGAAUACCUCACUACAGUGCCUCUCUCUUAAGUUUGAAAAUCUGUGGGAUGCUGCUGUGAUGAAGAGCUGGAACCCAUCUGUGCUGCUGCCCGAAUGUCUGCCAGGUGAAAUGCUGGGACCUCCGCUCCCCGACGUGCCCCUCCCGCCAACAUCCAUUGGCCUCCCGGGGGAGCAUCCCCCGCUGCCCACACCCCUGCCCACAUCUUCGUCGUCGUCGCUGUCCUCGUCGUUGUCAUCUUCGUCGUCGUCGUCGUGCUCCUCUUCAGAAGCCAAAGAGCCGAAGAAGACCGGCGCCAAGAAGAAGUGUCUCUACAACUUCCAGGAUGCCUUCAUGGAGACCAACCGGGUGGUGAUGGCCACGUCCGCCGCCACGUCCUCCGUGUCCUGCACUGCCACCACUGUCCAGUCAAGUAAUAACCCACCCAUCCAUCUAGCAUCUAAAAGACCCAACACUAUAGGUAAUGUAGGAAGGAAGAGUACAGGUUAGGUUUGUACUGUUAUAAAGCUUUUUAUCCUGGAUAAUGGAUGAACUAUAAACCCAUAGCAGCAGUAAAUGUCAUUGAGGUGUGGAAUCCAUUUUAAACCAGUGAAGCCGUUACAGAUACCAACACAAACCUGCAAUAUGGUUAGACAAUAAACCAAUAACAAUAUGUAAUGUGAUAGACACGUGAUCAAUAUCAAUUAUUAAUACAUCUGAUAGAAUGUUCAUGGAACUCUAAUCCAGAACCACACAGCAUUGUGGGAGAUGUAGGCAGAGGAAAGGCUUUAGCCUCUUAAUCUCUUACAGCGAGCUAAGCAAGGCUGGUGGCAUAAACUGACUCACUCACUCACUCUGUGGUUACCUAGCAACAACUUGUUGUGUAACUUGCACGGCAGCAGACUCAGGUUUCACCACCAUGCUUCAUAACUUAAAAGUAAACAGCAGCAUGGAGUGAAGAUGAGUUCCCCCAGAUUUCAAGCGGACAUGAUUUAGAGGUGGUAGGUCGACCCCUGUCUCCCAGCUCGGUACCACAUCAGAUCAUCCUGCUACAGUUCAACCCAUCUGUCCGGUGCAGUGGUGGGCAGAUGUCCCACACCACCCAGAAUGCACCAUGGUCUGUCUCUUCAGCAGCAUUCCUCCAGUUGAUUCAGGCCAAAGCUCCGCCUGGGGCUUCUGCUGAAAUGUUCACAUCCUUCGACUCCUUAGAUCUGCCUCCUUAUGACCUAAAAAAACAGCAGUCAAGGUGGAGAGAACCUUGACUGCCCUGUAGACAUUUCACAAUAAGCAAUAAGUCAAUUAAUCACA